GGAACCGGAAAUGACCGCAGCACGCCGGAAGUUUACUCGUUUCCAAGGCGACGGCUUAUUCACCUCACCAGCCUGCUGGCGGGAGCCGGGAGGCUGGAAAGCGACUUGGAAAGGGUCCCAGCUGAAGGCGGCCGCCGCCACAGCGACUCGCGGGAAGUAGCAAACGAAGACGGCGGCCGCCGCACUAGCCACCGCGUGUGGAGGAUAAACGGCCGAGAAGGCCAUCGCGGCGCCGACUCAAGGGAAAGAGUUAGUGAAGACCAGGACUUUCGUUGCAGCGACGACGGGGAAAGAAAACGUGAAGACGGAGACCGCUGCUCCAGGAUCUCCGCGGGAAGAGUAAGUGAAGACGCCGGCUUUUCCCGCAGUGACUCGAGAAGGGUCAGUGAAGACCUAGGCCACCAGCGCAGUGUCUCUCGGGAGAGAGUUAGGGGAGACAGUGGCCACUGUCACAGUAGCUCUUGGGAGAGAGUAAGGGGAGACCGCGACGUGAAUUUAAGUACAGACGGCGGCCACCAAACUAGCCACUCUAGGGGAACAGUCAGAGAAGAUCGUAGUCUCUGCCUCAGUGGUACUUGGGAGAGAGUCCGUGAAGUCUGGGGCCCUCGAACCAGUGGCUGCGGGGAGAGAGGCUCUUGGGACGGGGGGAGUGUCGAUGGCGGCCAUAGCCUCAGUAGUUCUUGGGAGGGAGUAAGUGAAGACCGCGGCUACGCAGCCAGCGAUUCCUCCGGGGUGAGCGUCAGUGAAGACGCCAGCCGCCGACUCAGUGGCUUCUGGGAGAGAGACAGUGAAGACGAAGGUCCCCGCUGCGGGGGCUCCUCGGAGAGAGCAAGGGAGGAUCGUGGCCGCAGUCCUAGAGACGACGACGACGAAGGCCGCUGCCGCUCCACUGGCUCGUGGGUGAGAGCAAGUGAAGACCGCCGCAGCAGCAGGGGCCUGGGCUCAACUCCUCCCCAGAGUCGAAGAGGCUGCACCAUGCCCGGGGUGGCCAAUUCAGGCCCCUCAACUUCCUCUAGGGAGACCGCAAACUCGUGUACCAGGAAGAAGGUGCAUUUUGGUAGCAUACAUGAUGCAGUAAGAGCUGGAGAUGUAAAGCAGCUUUCAGAAAUAGUGGAACGUGGAGCCAGUAUUAAUGAAGUUGACGUUCUUCAUAAAUUUAGCCCUUUACAUUGGGCAGCACAUUCUGGAAGUUUGGAGUGUCUUCAUUGGCUGCUCUGGCAUGGAGCUGAUAUCACACAAGUAACUACAAGAGGUUGGACAGCAGCUCACAUAGCUGCAAUCAGGGGUCAGGAUGCUUGUAUGCAGGCUCUCAUGAUCAAUGGAGCAAAUCUGACAGCUCAGGAUGAUCGUGGAUGCACUCCUUUACAUCUUGCUGCAACUCAUGGACAUUCUUUCACUUUACAAAUAAUGCUCCGAAGUGGAGUGGAUCCCAGCAUGACUGAUAAGAGAGAAUGGAGACCUGUACAUUAUGCAGCUUUUCAUGGGCGGCUUGGCUGUUUGCAGCUUCUUGUUAAAUGGGGAUGUAGCAUAGAAGAUGUGGACUGCAAUGGGAACCUUCCAGUUCACUUAUCAGCCAUGGAAGGCCACCUUCACUGUUUUAAAUUCCUAUUCAGUAGAAUGAGCAGUGCGACACAAGCUUUAAAAGCCUUCAAUGAUAAUGGAGAAAAUGUACUGGACCUGGCGCAGAGGUUCUUUAAGCAGAACAUUUUACAGUUUAUCCAGGGAGCUGAGUAUAAAGGAAAUCAUCCAGAAGAUCAGGAAACUUUAGCAUUUCCAGGUCAUGUUGCUGCCUUUAAGGGUGAUUUGGAAAUGCUUAAAAAAUUAGUAGAAGAUGGAGUAAUCAAUAUUAACGAGCGUGCUGAUAAUGGAUCAACUCCUAUGCAUAAAGCUGCUGGACAAGGUCAUAUAGAGUGUUUGCAGUGGUUAAUUAAAAUGGGAGCAGACAGUAACAUUACCAACACAGCAGGGGAGAGACCCAGUGAUGUUGCUAAGAGGUUUGCCCAUUUGGCAGCAGUGAAGCUAUUAGAGGGUCUACAGAAAUAUGAUAUUGAUGAUGAGAAUGAAAUUGAUGAAAAUGAUAUGAAAUUUUUUGUAAGACAUGGUGUCGAGGGAAGCACUGAUGCAAAGGAUGAUUUAUGUCUGAGUGAGUCGGAUAAAACAGAUGCCCGAAUGAGAGCUUAUAAGAAAAUUGUAGAAUUCAGACACCUCCUGGGAAUUGCUGAAAGCAACUAUAAACACUUGGGAGGGAUCACAGAAGAAGCUCUAAAGCAGAAGAAAGAACAUCUCGAGUCUGAAAAGACCAUCAAAGAACUGCAGAGCCAGCUGGAGUAUGAACGACUACGUAGAGAAAAAUUAGAAUGUCAGCUGGAUGAAUAUCGAGCAGAAGUGGAUCAACUCAAGGAAACUCUGGAAAAAAUUCAUGGCUCCAACUUUACAGCUAUGGAAGACAACUCUUCUUGCGAGUCAAGCAAAGAGGAGAGGAGAGUGAAGAAAAAGAUGUCUUCUGGGGGAGUGUUUGUAAGAAGGUACUAA